GAAAGUUAACUCAAACAUAUAUUCCAUUUGGCAGCUGAAAUGAGAAAUAAUGCUUAUGCGUGUAAAUUACUUGGUCGAGAACAAUCUCUGAACAAUAAAACAUGGGAAGAUGAAACCCUAGCUUUUGCAGAUGAUGACGAGGAUCACCGUAAAUCCUUAGAGAAAGCAAGGCGACUAGCUCUCAAGAAACAGGAGGAGAAAGGAGCAUCUGGCCCUCAAGCUAUUGCUUUACUUGCCGCCUCAAAUCCUAGUAAUGAGACUGUCGAUGAUCAAGAUUCUACCGCUGGAGAAUCAAGAGAAAAUAAGGUGGUCUUUACCGAGAUGGAAGAAUUUGUCUGGGGCCUUCACAUUGAUCAAGAAGCACGUAAAUCAGAAGGUGAAGAUGUUUUCAUGCAUGGUGAUGAAGAGGCAAAGAAAGAUGAGGCUGGUGGGUGGAGUGAAGUCAAAGAAACUGAAAAAGACAAGGAAGUGAUAGUUCCUGAUCAAAGUAUGCAUGAAGUUGCUGUAGGGAGAGGACUGUCAGGUGCAUUGAAACUGCUUCAAGAUCGAGGAACACUUAAAGAAAGCAUUGAAUGGGGUGGCAGAAACAUGGAUAAGAAGAAAAGCAAAUUGGUUGGGAUUCUAGAGGAUGAAGGAAAGGAAGUACAGAAUAAAAAAGAGAUUCGCAUUGAGAGGAGAGACGAGUUUGGGAGAAUUUUGACUCCUAAGGAAGCCUUUCGAAAAUUUUCUCAUACGUUCCAUGGCAAGGAACCUGGCAAAAUGAAGCAGGAAAAGCUCAAGCGAAUGAAGAGUUCAGAUACACCAUCGUUGUCUGUGGAGAGAAUGAGGGAAGCUCAAGCUCGUAUGAAGACACCCUAUCUUGUUCUCAGCGGUCAUGUUAAACCAGGGUUGAACACUUUCCGGGAAUCAAGAGGAAAGCUGAACAAUCAAACUUCGAUACCUCAAAAAAGGCGAAAUCUUGAUCCUCAGUCUUGUAACAAAAAGCAUUUCAAGCUAAAAUCUGUACAAGGUUGCGAAUUGAAUUGAAAAUUUAAUGACAUGAGGUUGAGGAAUCCAUAGAACUCACAUUGUACAUUGAGAAAAGAGGGUGAAGAA